ACGCACAAACACAUGCUUAAAUAUAGUAGAGAUUAGAAAAUAGUAAAAUUUACUCCACUCAUUAAACUUGUGUUCAAAUGACUAGGAUUGAUCUUUACUAGACGACUAGCCAACGACUAGCCAUUAACACAGAGUAGACCAUUACCCUGACAUAUUUUGUAGAGCUAGUGAACCUAGCAGAAAUCGAUUAAAAUAAUACGCAGCAGCCGAUUGCACUCGACCAAGAGAAGCAACGACUGCAUCUCUGGUCUCCCACGCCUAUAAUCCCAUUCCCCUCCUUCAAAGCCCUGCGGCGAUUUCGAUUCUUCCCUUCUAUCUCCAGGUAUACCCAUCGGAGCAGCACUGACAAAAAUUCUCCAGUGCGAUCUGACAUGCUUCAGUUCGGCUAGCUGCUUAAUUGUGAGGUUUACUUGGGUGCAGGAACUCCAAGAAUUCAUCUGAUAUGGCAAGCAAAAGGAUUCAGAAGGAACUCAUGGAUCUCCAAAAGGACCCACCGACAUCAUGCAGUGCAGGGCCUGCUGGAGAGGAUCUAUUCCACUGGCAGGCCACAAUCAUGGGUCCUAGUGACAGCCCCUAUGCAGGCGGGGUUUUCUUUAUUAAUAUCCAUUUUCCUCCUGACUACCCCUUUAAGCCUCCAAAAGUGAACUUCCAAACAAAAGUUUAUCACCCAAACAUCAACUCUAAUGGGAGCAUUUGCCUUGAUAUCCUCAAGGAGCAAUGGAGCCCUGCACUGACCAUAUCAAAGGUCCUCCUCUCCAUCAGCUCGCUCCUCACCGACCCCAACCCGGACGACCCCCUUGUCCCUGAGAUCGCCCACAUGUACAAAAACCAGAGGCAGCGCUACGAGGAAACUGCACGGGCCUGGACCCAGAAGUACGCAAUGGGCUGAUUCUGUCCCACUGGACAGUACUUCCCCUGCAAAGAUCGUCACGGUGUUGUAAGAAUCAAGUUGCACCGUUUUCCUGUCGUGUGAUGGUAUUAAGAGCCCAGAUGGCUGUGUCAAUUGUACUCGCUUCUCAGAACAAAGUCUCUCUGUGUGUACAGUGCUUUUGAAGCUGGAUGAUCUGAGUUCUGUGCUAAAACCUUGGUUUGCACUUCACUUUGUUCCCUGAAAUGGGUUUGCGACCACUGAAUUUGCAUGUGUAACCUUUCCAAGAAACCAGUAGCAGUUUGUAUGUUGUCAAGAUGUUAAUAAUUCAGAUGGGUGGCCUGCAUCCAUCUGAAAUGGAGCGCUAUUUGUUAAAACCGUGCAGAUAACAGUUCAGUGCUCUUGCAUAUGGAACAUGUCGUCUGCACCACGUGAUUGAAAUGGAGCUUUCCUUGUUGCA